AUGGACACCAACCACUGCACCUCCAGCCACGACUCCGUGAAGCUGAUCAAGUUCGCGGACGACACCACCCUCAUUGGACUCAUCUCCAACAACGAUGAGUCCGCCUACAGGAGGGAGGUGGACCGGCUGGUGUCCUGGUGCAGUGGUAAUAACCUGGAGCUGAACGCCCAGAAGACAGUGGAGAUGAUUGUGGACUUCAGGAAGAGCACUGUCCCCCCGCCCCCACCCUCCGUGAUGGACUCCCCCAUCACCUCUGUGGAGUCCUUCCGUUUCCUGGGCACCACCAUCACCCAGGACCUCAAGUGGGAGCCGACCAUCAGCUCCCUCAUCAAGAAGGCCCAGCAGAGGAUGUACUUCCUGCGGCAGCUCAGGAAAGCCAAGCUGCCUGCACAGAUGUUGGUGCAGUUCUACACGGCCAUCAUCGAGUCCAUCCUCACCUCCUCCGUCACCGUGUGGUUCGCUGGAGCCACAGUCAGGGACAAACAGAGACUACAGCGCAUUGUGCGCUCUGCAGAGGAAGUGAUCGGCCGCAGCCUUCCAUCGCUGCAGGACCUGCAGGACAACAAGGCUUACCCCAUCUCAGGUCCUUCCACCCCUGCUGCGCCUCCUUUCUUCCACCAUCCCUCUCCAACCCCUGUCUCACAAAAAAAACACGAUAGUGGCUGCACUCUGGCUGAGGCUCUAAUUGAUCUGCCCGGGACCAGCGCGGCUCCUCGGCACUUGGCUUUGUGGGAUUCUGCAGGGGGAAGGACCACCGCCUCUCCUCACACAGCUCUGGGCACAUGUGCUUCUCUUUGUGGAUCGGUGCUGUCCUCGGGCGUCGGGAUGAGCCGCUGCAUUCACCGGUGGCCAAUCAAACGAAUUCCACUUGCUUUUUUGGACCCGGCCGCGUCUCUCACUCUCACCACUUUUACAGCCAGCCUGCGAUAUCUCUGCCCACACCAGAUGACCAACUGUUCCACUGCCUCUUGUCGGGGGCCAGGGAUCACCACAAGGCUCCCAGACAUUAAAAUGACUCACCUCUCGCCGUCUCAUCCGCGUGAAUCCGGAGCCCAAUGCAUCCACUUCAUCAUCGCAAAAGGGUCCGGGGAUGAAGUCAUGUUCGGCUCAAGUGGGAGGUAG